UCUCCAAUCCAUAGGCCUCCAAUUCGAGAUUAAGUGUAUUUCACCACAGAACAUGUUUUUCUCUGCUGCUGCGGAAGUGUCAGCUUGUCUCGAGGACUUCAUGAGGCUCUUCGAGGACUGUUGAGAUCUGUGUCCUAAUGGAGAUGACUACCUGUGAACUCCCGUGUAGCAGUACCUUCCUUUCUUCAGACAGGGAACGGUGGUAUAUGAAUUUUGAAACCACGCCAAGUAUCUCUGACAUUUUCUUGUCUGUUAAACACCAGUCCAACUCUAGGGUAAAGCCACGCCUUCCAUAAUCUAUAACUGAUUAAGGCACUCAUUUGGAUGUAGCUCUUGAGUGAGAGUUGUAUGGACGGUUAGGAAGCAUGCUCCCUGAGAUGUUUUGGAAGAAGGUUCCAUCCUUGCAAAUACCAGGCAGUUCACUGAACAACUGAAAUCACAUUCCUGGAAGCAUGACUGUGAAAGGCAGUGGAGUACCAGUAAUUAGGGGAAUAUUCUGUUUGGCCUGAAGACAUCUAAAAUGCCCAGUUCAUCCAGCAUGGGAUGUAGGACAAGCCUGUGGAAGAAAAACGCUGCAGAAGAUGAAGCCUGUUGCAUUUUGAACGCCAUGGUUUCUCUUGUGACUGAUACCUCCUCAUACAGGCGCCCUAGAUUUUAGUCAUAUCUAAGCCAGAAAACCUAGGUGGUGUGCCACAAAUACUGUGGUGCUGCACCUGCUGUUCUUAAAUGCAAAUGACAGUGCUUUGUGCUUGCCUGAUGUGCAGUAAUCCUUAGGAGCACGUGGCAGUGAUGAUGAAAUAGCCAAUCAAGUGGAACUCCUUACAGUCUAACCUGUUCCCCAACUCAUUUCAAUCGGGGGAAGUUACGCAAGUUGACUGCAGCUGAAUGGAGGACACAGUCACCUUUGUCAGAAAGACACAAAAUGCCACCUUUUGAAAGUAUUAGUGAAGAAAUUCUGAAACGAUUACUCUUUACAAUGAGUUACCAGUAGCAUAUUCACCAGUUGUAAGCAAGCAUUUUAAGGAAGGAAAACAGUUAUUUGUGAAGACAUGCCUUAUCUGUUAAAAUACUGGCUGCUAACAUCAGCUGCAACUUUUUUUUAUUUAUUUUUUUACUAAUGUUUAGUAUGGAGAACUAACUGGGAAGACUUUCUUAACAACAGACUAUAGGGCUGGGUGAAAGCAGGCUACUGGUGUAACUGGAGCGGGUGCCAUGGGAAGGUUGCCUGGGAGAGAUUGUGACCUCUCCUCCCUACACUGUGAUGCUGCAGGCCACCGCCAGCAAAGAAAGAAUGCGCUGCCCCCCUUGCAUCAGGUUGCCUGUACAACAGUAGAAACAUCAGUAACCACCGCUUCUGCAUCCAAUCCAGAAAAGAAACACACAGGAGAAACCAUGCGCGAGUGCAUCUCUGUUCACAUUGGCCAAGCUGGAGUUCAAAUUGGCAACGCGUGUUGGGAACUCUUCUGUCUGGAACACAGCAUUCAGCCAGAUGGCACCUUCAGCGACCCACCCAGCAAUGACGACUCUUUUGCCACAUUUUUCAGAGAGACGAGCACUAGAAAAUAUGUACCCCGGGCUAUUAUGGUGGACUUAGAACCAACGGUAGUAGAUGAAGUGCGGACUGGCACCUACCGGCAGCUUUUCCACCCAGAACAGCUGAUCACUGGAAAAGAAGAUGCAGCAAAUAAUUAUGCACGUGGCCACUACUCCAUUGGCAAAGACAAAAUUGACAUGGCAUUAGAUCGUAUCCGCAAACUGGCUGAUGCCUGUUCUGGACUGCAGGGAUUCUUGAUCUUCCACAGCUUUGGUGGAGGCACUGGCUCUGGCUUUACCUCCUUGCUGAUGGAGCGCCUCUCUGUGGAUUACGGAAAGAAGUCCAAACUAGAGUUUGCCAUCUACCCAGCCCCUCAGGUCUCCACCGCUGUGGUGGAACCAUACAAUUCUAUCCUCACCACACACACCACCCUGGAACACUCAGACUGUGCUUUUAUGGUGGACAAUGAGGCUAUCUAUGACAUCUGUCGCAGAAACCUGGACAUUGAGCGCCCAACUUACACUAACCUCAAUCGACUCAUCAGCCAGAUUGUCUCCUCCAUCACUGCCUCGCUGCGCUUUGAUGGUGCCCUCAACGUGGAUCUGACAGAAUUCCAGACAAACCUGGUUCCCUACCCACGCAUCCACUUCCCCUUAGUGACCUACGCCCCCAUCAUCUCUUCUGACAGAGCAUAUCACGAGCAGCUCUCGGUGGCUGAAAUCACCAGCUCCUGCUUUGAGCCCAACAACCAGAUGGUGAAGUGUGACCCACGACACGGGAAGUACAUGGCUUGCUGCAUGCUCUAUCGAGGUGAUGUAGUUCCCAAAGAUGUCAAUGUAGCAAUUGCUGCCAUCAAGACCAACAGGUCCCUCCAGUUUGUUGACUGGUGUCCAACGGGCUUCAAGGUUGGGAUCAACUAUCAGCCUCCCACGGCUACGCCAGGAGGAGACCUUGCCCAAGUCGAGCGAGCGGUCUGCAUGCUGAGUAAUACCACAGCCAUUGCAGAGGCCUGGGCAAGGCUCGACCACAAGUUUGAUCUUAUGUAUGCCAAGAGAGCGUUUGUGCACUGGUAUGUAAGUGAAGGCAUGGAGGAAGAAGAAUUUGCAGAAGCCCGAGAAGACUUGUCUGCCCUGGAGAAGGACUACGAGGAAGUAGCAACCGAUUCAUUUGAGGAAGAAAACGAUGCAGGGCAACCUUAAAAUUUAAUCUGCCUUUUUCUGUGCAUAAGAUUGUCUCUAUGUCUCUUUAUUUCAUGUGGUUGCAUUUUAACUUUUCUCACACAUACCAAGUCCAUUGGCACCUUAGUAGACUGUAAAUAGUGAGUUGUCCACUGUGAGAUCACAAGACAGCAAGUGCAGGAUACAUAACUAGCUAAUCAUUAGUCACUUUGCCUUAGAACGCAACAGCCAUCAUAUUUCUUGCUAAUAUAUCCUGAAAGGAGGUUUACUUGUGGAAGGAAGA